AUGAGCCAAGAAUCAUCAAGUGAGAAUCAUCAACACACCACAGCCACAAUUGCUAGCUCUUCUUCCUCGGAACACCCAACAACCGAUGCUACUCAACAUCAUAACGAGAAUUCUUCAACAGGACAAAACCUGGCUCAACUAGACACCAAUCCUUCAACAGUCGUUGAACAGGAAUAUUAUGAGGAAGAGGAGAGUAAUGAACCGGUUCUUGAGAGUUUACCAAACACCUUGGAGCUAACACCAGUCUUGAUAGAUAAUGCUUCUUUCCGAGAUACCAUGAAACAUACAGUGAAAGAUACUGUUGAAACGCAUCAACAGCCUUCAACCGUUGCAGAUUUUUCUCAAAACCAUGAAGUUCUGGCCGUGGCAUCGACUGAAGAAAAAAAUCAUAAAGAAGAAGACCAUGACUCUCAUGCUUCUCAUCAUCAACACGAUGAAGUACAACACCACUCAAACAAAUCGUUUGAAGAGCAAGGAGAUGAAGAAAUUAUGGAAUCUAAGACCGAAGAGGAAAAGAAAAUAAUUGACAUUUCCCUCCACAACAACGAUAAUUUAAAUCUUCAUGAUGAAGGCAUGACAUUGCCUAAAGACACUGAUGAGUUCUCACACAAUCAUUCCGAGAAGGAAUGCGUCACUGCAAAUCAUGAAACAAAUAACGAUUCAAUCCAUCACCCUUCGACAGAAAAUAAUUCUUCCCACCACCCUGAGAGUGACAUGGAGCAUCAUCAGAAAACACACGUUGUUGAUUCUGUUCAUCAUGAACACAAUCUUGACAGCCCACCUGCUCCUGAGAACGAGAUCCGAAACGAGGAACAUGUUCAUGAAAAUAAGGCAGUUCAUGUUGAGGAAGGUCACAUUGUUUCACAAGAAGACAAUCAUAACAUAGUAAAUCAAGAUGCAUGCCUUCACGAGGACAAAUCCCCAAGAGAUCACAAUCACGAUAGCAACCAAAAACACUCUGACGUGACACUUGAGGAAAAUUCGCGUCAUUUUGAACAUUCUACACCAAGAGAAGAGGUACCUCAUUCAGUUUCAGUUGAAGAACGUGAAAAUUCCACCACUAGUCUUCAUCACCCUCAUCAGGAAACACCUAGAGAUGACGGGCAACAACAUCAAAACGCCAGCUCAGAAAUCGAAGCACCUGUUGCUGAAUCUAAUCAUACUUAUGUGCAGGAACAAGAGACCUCUCCCUUAGAACCACAAGUAGAACAAGUUGAGCAUGUGUCCGCUGAUGUUCCUGAAACAUCUCACCAAGAAGCAUCAAGCACUGAGCAAUCUGAAGCAAGCCAUAACGAUGUGAAUGACACAAUUCACGACCACGACAUGCAUCAAAGUGCUGCAGAAGUUCAGGAACAUGCCUCGCCCGAGACAGCUGAUUUGAUUGAGCAAGUACCAUUAGAGCAAAGUACUGAAAACAAAGCCAAUGUUGAGUUAAUCAGCGAAGCAAGCAUCAUUGAAAGCUCUCAGGAAGAAAUGGUAGGCAAGGAGGAGAAAUUGGGUGAGGAAGAGACCUCCAUUCAAGUAUCUCAAGUACUACCAGAACAAGAAGAAACUAAACAUAAGGAAGAUACGACAGCUGUCAUAGAGGAGAAUCAUGCUGCUGAGUCACACAUAGCUGAGCAGGAAAUCAAUGUUGCUAAACAUGAGACAGCUUAUACUGCAGAUACUGAGGUUUCUGAGCAUGUUCAAGAACAUCAUGCAGAAACUUCAGUAGAGAAUGAACACGAUCGUGAACAUCAAGAAACAACCAAUGAAAACCAUACUGCAAGCUAUGACGAUGAACCUCGAGCUGUUGAAACGACUUGUACCAUAGAAACACAGCAAGAAAAUGUGCAUCAUGACCAUGACAGUACACAUCAACAACACAGCCAUGUGGAAUCUGAACAACAUCAUCAUUCUCCUCGUAAUGCGGGUGAGGAAGGCACAGCAACUAAGGGUGAAGACUCUCUCAUGCAAGAACCUCACAUAGCAACAAUUGAGCACGUUGAACACCAUGAAACAACGAUUGAGCAUGUUGAGCAACCUCACAAGCAUGAACAUCAUCACCACGAAGAUGAUGUCAUUAUGCCUUCCCAAGACCUUGCUGUGGAGGAGCCUCAGACAGAGACAGUUCAUCAUCAUGAUGUGGCUUCUCAAGAGCUCACCAUGGAAGAGCAACCACUCAUGCAUGAGACCUCACCAGUUACUCAGGAAGAAGUUUCACAGCCUGUUCAUUCGUCAUCAGAAGAAGUUGAGGAAAUGGAACAGAAAUCAGAAUCAGUGACGGAUCAUCACCACCAUCAUGGCACUCAUCUUGAUGAAACAGUGAUCAGUGCUGAAACUUCAGAACCUCAUACCGAAUUACUCCAACAAGAUCACCACGAAAAGACUCAAGCUUUAGAAACUCAAGAUAUGGAGAAUCACAAAGAACAAGCCAUGGGGGCCCAUGAAGAAUCCCAAAGCAACAUGACCAGCGAGUUGGAGGAGCAACACGCCUUAGAAGAAAAAAUGCCAAGUUCUGAACAUGUGGUGGAGCACGACGAUCAUCACACGGCAGCCUCACAUUCGAAUAGUAGCACAAGCCAUGAGGAACAACAAGCUCCUCAUGAUACGAAACAUCAUCACGAGGAUCACCUCAAACAUGAGGUUAUGCAUGGGGAACAUCAUCAUGAUGAUACUACGAAACAUCAUGAGGAGUCAGCUGCGGUCGCUCAAUCCCAUGAGAAGCCUAGCGAGAAUAUAGAUGUACAACCACAUACAACGGAAGUUGAAUCCUCAACGCACCAAGGUAGUGAGGCUCACGAUCAUCAUAUUAAGGAGGAGAGCAAUGAGCAGACUGUGCACCAUCAAGAACAACAUGACCACUCAAAUAAGCACCAUCACGAGGAAGAGCACUCUUCUGUACCUCAUUCUCAUCAUGGACAUCACAUUGUAGAGAAUAUUGACCACAUUGAAUCAGAUCACUCACAUCAACACCACGAAUCACAGCAUGAAGAAAGCGGUAUUGCUACGACCGCUGUUCAUUCUGCGAGUGUUGAACAUCAUCAUGUCGAUACUGCACACAAUCCAGAGCAUCACACCGAGCAAGUUACCUCAACCACUUUGGAGCUUGACCACAUUGAAUCGCAUCACGAGUCUCAUCAUGACAAUCAUCAACAAACUCAAAACGAGCAACCCCAUAAGGAUGCUCAUUGUCAUGAAGAACAUCUCGAGCAAGAGCCUCAACAACAUGAGCCACAUGAAGACAGUACUUUAUGUAAACUCUCCAGCGACAUAGAGGGUCACGAGCAUUCUCAUGAGUCACAUCAUGCUCAUUUACACCCAACUCACGAGAAUGAUCAUCACCAUGAGCAUCAUGAAAAGGAGCAUUCUUCUAAGAUCGUUCAUGAUCAUGAAACCGCCUCAGAGGCUCAAUCGUUACAAUCCCAUGAGCACCACCCUCAAGAAGAACAUCAAGAGCAUUCUGUGCCUUCUGGCCAUCACAUCGAGCAUACUCAUACUGACGAACAUACAGAUCACCAUCACGAACAUGCAACCAUUGCUCAUCACACUUCUGAGGUUAGUAACAAUGAACAUCACCAUCAUCAUGAAGAAAGAAACAAUAUUUCUGAGGUAACUUCAAGCGUAAACCAUCACGAUGAUAAAACCCAUGAACAAGGUGAGACAACAACAGUCGACACCUCAACAGAAGAGACAAUUUCUCACACUGCAAUCUCUGAAACGGUAGUGGAAAAAUCUUUAAAUUCACACAAUCAUCACCAUGAACACUCUCACCAUGAUCAUGAAGAGACAGUGGAGACAAGUGAAGAAUUAACAACUCCUCUCCAUUCAAACGUUGAGCCACAACAAACAGAAGCAUCUCCAGCAACCACUGAGGAAAUAACUAAUGCUGAGGUUGUUGUUGUUCAUUCUCAAUCAGAAGAGACUACCCCUGCGCAGCCAGUUGAUACUAACGAGAAAGCAACCCAUCAUCAAGAGACGAUUGAUGUCAGCAAUGAACCAGAGAAGAGCCAUUCGGCUGGCCAUGACGAACAUUGCCACGUUGACCCCUCACAGCAUGUGGUUGAAGAGAACAAGGAUCACACAGAGGAAACUGCCGUCAAAAUAGAGUCAACAGAUAAUCAAACUUUAGUUUCUGAAGAAGCGAGUACAGGUCAUAAAAAUGACGUAGAGAAACACGACCACAGCGAACCUGUAGUUGAAGAAAAUGUCGAAAGCAAGGAACACCCUUCGAAUUCUGAACAUGAAGACCAUCACCACGAAGUUCACCACCACUCAGAAGAACAGCAACAUGCUACUCCCCAGGUUGAAGCUCAUCAUCAUUAUGACCAUGAAGAGACUUCUCUGCAUGCUCAUCAUGAAUCCCAUCUUGACGUCUCAUCUGGUAGCCAAGAUCGGGUAGAGCUGUCUGACCAGAAGCCACAUGACACUGAAGAGGUAUUGAAUACUAGUAAGGAAAUAGAACACAGUCACCAUGAGAAGCUUCAAGAAACAGAAACCUCACACGACACAGAACAAAUUCAAAACAUUCAAGAAAAAGUUCAUGAAGAUCUCGUAACAAAAGAAGGGGGUAAUGAAACUGGGGAAGUUAUGAAAGAUCUUGUUGACUCUGGCGAUCACCACACUCACACGGAUGCAAGCGAGAGUGUCUCUCACAGCGUCGAAGAAUCAACAUCACAUAAGAUUGAGCAAGAAAAAGUAGAACCUAUAGAUCCUGAAAUUGUAAAUGAUGAGAUCCAAGAAUCACAUGAACAUCCGAACCAUGAAGAACACACUCUCGAAGAGCCUUAUGAAUCGAAAAUUGUUACUGAACAAGCUCCCGUUGAAGAAGAAGCUGCCUCGUUACCAACUGACGGUCAGUCCCAACAAUAUACGGCAGAAGAAAACACGCAACAAUUCGAGGAUGCAUCUGCAGUACCUCUUCUAGACGAAGAGGAGCCCAAGCAUGAAGUAUUAGUUGAGAAACACAAAGACACGCUCGAGCUCAGUAAUGAACAGCCAAGCGAAGACUUGUCCACUCAUGAUGCUGAACAAACUGAGGAAGAACGAGAGCCGGCCCAGAACGAUAACAUCCUAGACGGAUUGGAAACUGAAGAAGCCAUCCAGCAUGUGGAAGCUGAAACAUCUCAAGAGGAGAGUAAGGAAGAGUCCAAUGACCAAUUGUAUUCAAGUGACCAAGACACGUUGGAAUACAAGCAAGAAGAGGAUGCAACAUUUGACAGCAACAACGUCAAUCAAGAAGAAACCAACGAAAUGGAAAACUAUCAAUUAGAAAAUGAAUUUGAAAAUCCAUUGACAGAAGAAGAUCAAACAGAAGCUCAUACUAGUGCGAUGGAAUUGCAAGAGGACGAAACAGACGUUCUACCUUCAGAUGACAAUGUGGAAGUAGCAAAUGACAGCCGUCUUGAUGCAGAAGAAAAUGUACCUGAGCAUCACAUUGAGCACGAUUUGGUAGAAGAGCAUAAACCAAAUAUCGAACAUCAUGAAUCUCACCUUGUACAUCAUGAGCACGGCCAUCAUCAUGAAAACCACUCCGAAGAGGAACAAGUUGAAACGAAAGACGAAUUUGCUGACCUUAACGAAGAGUCGUUUGAUGACAAUGAUUUCACUAUUCAACCACAUGAGACUUCGUUUACUUCAACAGAUGGGUUUGAGACCAAUAACGUUUCUUCUGAAGCUGUUCCUACUCUUGAGGAGAAUGAGGCAGCCCCUCUUCAGGACUCAACCUUAGAGAGAGAUGAUCAUACUCAAGAACAUGAACCACACGUUGAGCACGAGCUGACUCAGCAGGGUCACUUUGAAACCAAUAACAUAUCUUAUGAAGCUGCUCCAGUUCAGGAGGAGAAUGAGGUGCCUGCCUUCGAGGAUCAAAUUCGUGAACAAGAAUUCACUACAGAUGCCACCCAAGAGUUCGAAGAAGAAUUUACUUCAGAAAAACAAGUAUCAAUAGAUGAAGAUGGAGUUGCUACGCAACCUGGAGAAUCGGUCGCAACUACCAAUGAAGCAUCAAUGGACGAUCAUGUACAUAAUUCUGAGACCACACAUGAAAGCAUUCCAAUAGCUCAUACGGAAAGUGAGCACGUGACUUCAACCCAUCACGACAACACCGAGCAUUUGACUCUGGACUCUGAGGUCACCAAACACCACGAAGAAGCUCUUCAUCAAACCUCAGACUCACAGGCCAAAGAGGACGACUAUUCUGAAGAGUUUGGUGAAUUUGAGGAAUCAUCCAAAGAAGAGAUUGUUGAAACAACUCACCAUGAGCACGAUGUGAACUGUAUCGAAGAAAAACAUGUUCGAUUUGAAGAAAAUCAUGGAGUUGCCACUUCCACAAUGCACGAUUCUCAAGACAAAGAAGAAGUUAAACAUGAGGAGCAUGACCACACAAUCUAUCAUCCUUAUGAGGAACUUUCUCAUGAUCACAACAAGAGUAUUUCUGAGCCUUUAACAGAAGAGUCACUGCCAUUCACACCUUUUGAAGAAAACAAUCAUGCACACGAAACUUCCCAACACAAGGAAGAAAAAGAAGACACUACGGCAAUUGAGGAAACAUUCGAUGAAGAGUUUGAAGACUUUGAGAGCCACUCUUCAAAGCCUGUUGUUGUGAAUGAUGCAGUCGUUGUGGAUAGUCACAAUGCGUCUCAUCAUGAUAGUCACGCUUCCAACCAGACACACACAUCAUCCGAAGUUUCUAGUAAUCACUCACAAUCCCAUACUACAAACAUACAAGAGGAAAAACCAAGCACCUCUCAUAGUGCUGUCGCUGACACUUCAGCAACGACUAAAGAGCAACCAGAGCCCAUCAAAGAAAAAACACUUGAAGAUGUAUAUAUUGAGAAUUGUAAGAAGAGAGAUUUAAGACCAAAUACAAGGCUUAGAAAACAGUUCGCAGAUGGAUCUAUUGUGGUUGAUGGAGAAGUUAAUUUAUUCAACAAUUAUCUUGGAGACAAAGGUUUAGAACCAUUCUUAGAGACUCUGUUGCAAUUGUCCUUCACAAAAUUGAGCCUUCCAAAGCAAGGUCUAAGAAAUGCAGGUGUGCAAAGCAUGGUAGAAAUUCUCAAGAAACAUCCAACAAUUGUUGAGGUAGAUUUGAGUAGCAACCUGAUUUCCAUUGCUGGUGCUCUUGCCCUCAUUGACUUUGCAAAAACAAACUCUUCCAUACAGAAAAUUAAUGUUGAAGGAACCUACAUUGAUGACAUGUUCAAGGAAAAGAUGGAGAAAUGUCUCUCUAAAAACAGGCCAAUUGUAAAUUGA